AUGGCCCAACAGUGGUCCGCUACAAUGACCCGGACUUUGAACUCGGCAGCGGACCCCGCUGACCCCGCAGGGCAACCAACCCCCAACGCAGACGAGAUGAUAGAGGCUUCGGACGACGGCUACGAGACCGCCUCGGCACGUAGCGUACCCUCGUUCGACGGCACAAUGUCGCUCUCCGCAAGCGUGCGCGACUAUGCCUUUGAAAACGACAGGAGGUAUCAUAGAUACCGCGAGGGCCGGUAUCACUUUCCUAACGACGACCCAGAGCAGCAGCGCGAGUACAUAAAGCACAUCAUCAUGACCAGCCUACUAGGCGGUGAACUUUUUCAGGCGCCGUUGAAAACCCCGCAAAAAGUGUUGGAUGUCGGGACGGGGACGGGAUAUCCGGGAGCCGCCGUCGUUGGAAACGACCUCAGCCCGAUAUGGCCGGACUGGGUGCCGCCGAACACAAAGUUUGUCGUGGACGACGCCGAGGCCGAGUGGUAUUACGAACGGGAUUCGUACGACCUUAUCCGGUUAGGUAACAUGGCGCCUUCAAUACAUGACUGGCCGAAGCUUUUGGAGUCUGCAUAUAAAACGCUUAAGCCAGGAGGCUGGAUCGAACUACAGGAGAUGCGCUGGGUAUACGGGUGCGACGAUGGGACGAUUCCCAAUGACUAUGCGCCAGUAACGAUGGUAGAGAAUAUCAAAGAAGGCCUGGCGAGGUUUGGGAUUGAUAUGAAUGCGGCAGAACAGAAUCCUGGUCGCGUUGAGGCUGCCGGGUUUGUGAACGUCCUGCAUCAGGUGAAAAAGGUGCCCGUUGGCAGAUGGCCGAGGAAUAAGUUUCUAAGAACUAUCGGUCUUUAUACGCUGAGUGUUAUUUAUGACGGCCUUCAUGCCAUUACUAUAGGACCCUUCACGAGGGGAUUGGGGUGGACAGCCGAUCAGGUUGAGAGGUUCUUGGUCCAAGUGCGGAAAGACCUGAUGGAUCCAUCCGUCCAUUCGUACGUAUAUUUUCACGCCCUUUCGGGCCAAAAGCCUCUGUGA